AUGGUGAGUGCCGCCACAGUGGCUGCACCAGUGGCGCUGCCCGUGAAGAAGCUGGAUGGGAGCGAUGUUGGUUCCAGCGCCUCCAUCUCGCUGCGUGUGGCGGAUGAGGACACAGCCAACGGCCUGGUGCACCGGUACCUGGUGAUGGUGCGGCAGAAUGCGCGGCAGGGCAAUGCGAGCACCCUGACCCGCUCAGAGGUGCGCGGCGGCGGCAGGAAGCCCUACAAGCAGAAAGGCUCGGGCAAUGCGCGGCGCGGCUCCCGCCGUUCGCCGCUCAUGCCCGGUGGCGGCAUCUCCUUCGGCCCCAAGCCCCGCGACUGGUCCAUCAGCAUGAACAAGAAGGAGCGCAAGCUGGCUUGCGCCACCGCGCUGCAGUCGGCCGCCGCCGACAUGCUGGUGUGCGACGACUUUGGGGCGCUGGAGGCAGUCAGCACCAAGGGCCUGGUGGCCAGCCUGGCGGCCAUGGGCGUGCAGGAGGGCGAGAAGGUGCUGCUGGUGGUGAACGAGGCCAACGAGAAGCUGUACCUCAGCGGCCGCAACCUGCCCACCCUGGCCAUCAACACGGCCAACGCGGUGCAGGUCUACGAUGUGCUGAAUGCCGACCGCAUUGUGGUGGAGCAGUCUGCCCUGGCGUACCUGAACGAGUGGUUUGGCGAGAGCCAGGCAUAG